GUCGGCAGUGGACAAGGUCCUGCCUACUCGCCACUCUCUAGCGCGGCUGUAAAAAAGGAAGGCCACGAAAGAAAAGGAGGCUAGGACACGGGGCAAAAGUACCGAGAGCGAGUGAGGCAGGGAGAGAGAGAGUCAGUGAGCAGUACAGUGACAGCCAAGGGGACCGAUAAUUUCGUCCACAGCGUCUUGAGUGAGUGGAAGAGGCAUAGCACUGCAACAUCUCAGCCGCCGAAGAACAGGGAAAACCAUUAGGAACUAGCGCUUUCAAAAAUGGAUCAUUAUGAUGACGGCGAUGAAAAUUGUUACAUGCCACAAGAAGACGACUGGGAUCGCGAUCUCCUUCUGGAUCCUGCAUGGGAGAAACAGCAGCGGAAGACAUUUACAGCAUGGUGUAACUCCCACUUGAGGAAAGCAGGAACUCAGAUUGAGAACAUUGAGGAGGACUUCAGAGAUGGACUCAAACUCAUGCUGCUUCUUGAGGUCAUCUCAGGAGAGCGAUUGGCCAAGCCCGAGAGAGGGAAGAUGAGGGUCCACAAGAUCUCCAACGUGAACAAAGCACUUGACUUCAUCGCCAGUAAAGGAGUCAAACUCGUCUCCAUUGGAGCAGAGGAAAUUGUGGACGGCAAUGCCAAGAUGACCCUGGGAAUGAUCUGGACCAUCAUCCUCCGCUUCGCUAUCCAGGAUAUCUCUGUGGAAGAGACUUCAGCCAAAGAAGGACUGCUGUUGUGGUGCCAGAGAAAGACUGCCCCCUACAAGAAUGUCAACAUCCAGAACUUUCACAUCAGCUGGAAAGAUGGACUGGGAUUCUGCGCCCUCAUUCACAGACAUCGUCCAGAACUCAUUGACUAUGGAAAACUUCGCAAAGAUGACCCGAUGACCAAUCUGAACACAGCAUUUGACGUAGCUGAGAAGUACCUGGACAUUCCCAAAAUGUUGGACGCAGAAGAUAUCAUUAGCACGUUGAGGCCAGACGAGAAAGCCGUCAUGACUUAUGUCUCGUGUUAUUACCACGCCUUCUCGGGCAAGCAGAAGGCGGAGACGGCGGCCAACCGCAUCUGCAAAGUGCUGGCUGUCAAUCAGGAGAAUGAGCAGCUGAUGGAGGACUACGAAAAGCUCGCCAGCGAUCUGCUGGAGUGGAUCCGCCGCACCAUCCCGUGGCUGGAGAACCGGGCGCCGGAGAACACCAUGCAGGCCAUGCAGCAGAAGCUGGAGGACUUCCGCGACUACCGGCGCCUGCACAAGCCGCCCAAGGUGCAGGAGAAGUGCCAGCUGGAGAUCAACUUCAACACGCUGCAGACCAAGCUGCGCCUCAGCAACCGGCCCGCCUUCAUGCCCUCCGAGGGCAAGAUGGUGUCGGACAUUGCCAAUGCAUGGGGAUCCCUGGAGGGUGCUGAGAAGGGCUAUGAGGAGUGGCUGCUGAACGAGAUCCGUAGGCUGGAGAGACUCGACCACCUCGCUGAGAAGUUCCGCCAGAAAGCCGCCAUCCACGAGGCCUGGACUGAUGGCAAGGAGGAGAUGCUGCAGCAUCGGGACUAUGAGACGGCCACGCUCUCGGAGAUCAAGGCCCUGCUGAAGAAGCACGAAGCGUUCGAGAGCGACCUGGCCGCACAUCAGGACCGCGUGGAGCAGAUCGCAGCCAUCGCCCAGGAGCUCAAUGAGUUAGACUACUACGACUCUCCCAGUGUGAACGCACGCUGCCAAAAGAUCUGUGAUCAGUGGGACGCUCUGGGAGCAAUGACUCAGAAACGUAGUGAAGCUCUACAGCGGACUGAGAAAUUGCUGGAGACCAUUGAUCAGUUGUAUCUCGAGUUUGCCAAACGUGCCGCCCCUUUCAACAACUGGAUGGAGGGAGCUAUGGAGGACUUGCAGGACACCUUCAUUGUGCACACCAUCGAGGAGAUACAGGGCUUGAGCACAGCUCAUGAGCAGUUCAAGGCGACCCUCCCCGAGGCGGACAAGGAGAGACAGGCCAUCCUGGGCAUCCACAAUGAGAUUGCCAAGAUCGUGCAGACCUACCACGUCAACAUGGCCGGCACCAACCCUUACACCACCAUUAACCCUCAGGAGAUCAACACCAAGUGGGACAAGGUUAGGCAGCUGGUCCCUCAGAGAGACCAGGCCCUGAUUGAGGAGCACGCCCGCCAACAGAACAACGAGCGACUCAGACGACAGUUUGCCAACCAGGCCAACGUCAUCGGGCCCUGGAUCCAGACCAAGAUGGAGGAGAUUGGCCGUAUCUCCAUUGAGAUGCACGGCACCCUGGAGGAUCAGCUGAACCACCUGCGUCAGUAUGAGAAGAGCAUCGUCAACUACAAGCCAAAGAUCGACCAGCUGGAGGGAGACCACCAGCUCAUUCAGGAAGCCCUCAUCUUCGACAACAAACACACUAACUACACCAUGGAGCACAUCCGUGUGGGCUGGGAGCAGCUUCUCACCACCAUCGCACGCACCAUCAACGAGAUCGAGAACCAGAUCCUCACCAGAGAUGCCAAAGGCAUAACCCAGGAACAGCUGAACGAGUUCAGAGCCUCCUUCAACCACUUUGAUAGGGAUCACUCGGGCACUCUUGGGGCUGAGGAGUUCAAGGCCUGCCUGAUCAGCCUCGGCUUCGAUAUCGCCAACGACCCACAGGGAGAGGCAGAGUUUGCCCGCAUCAUGAGCAUCGUGGACCCCAACAGGUUGGGAGUGGUCACUUUCCAGGCCUUCAUCGACUUCAUGUCCCGCGAGACCGCCGACACAGACACUGCCGACCAGGUCAUGGCCUCCUUCAAAGUACUGGCUGGGGACAAGAACUACAUCCUGGCGGACGAGCUUCGUCGUGAGCUGCCCCCUGACCAGGCCGAGUACUGCAUUGCCCGCAUGGCGCCCUACACUGGCCCCGAUGCUGUGCCUGGUGCACUCGACUACAUGUCCUUCUCCACCGCCCUCUACGGAGAGAGUGACCUUUGAACCCCGCCAGAGAGAGAGAGAGAGACUCUCUUGCCUUGCCUGCUCCGCCCCUUCCACCCCGCCCAUUUGCAAUGCGCAUUUUUUUGUACGUUCUUUUCCUCCCUUCAUUCAUUCAUCCUCUCCUUUCUCCCUCCUCCUUCCCAUUAUCCUUUAUUUUUUUGUCUUAACAUCAAUCCCUGACCCCACUCCCCAUCCAACCCUCUCGUUCCGUCUGUUGUAUUUGCUUAACCUCAUGCAAUGCAGCAACUCCCGACGUUUACAAUGAGGGAGACAGAAAAGAUAUGUUUUGUUUUGUUUUGUUUUGUUUUUCCUUCUGUUUUUAUUUUCUUGUUGUUUUGUUUUUUCUUCAUAAAAAUGAAUAAAGUUAACAUAUUUUAUUAUACAGAACAAAAAAGGUAUUUUUCUUCACCUGAUUAAAAAAAAUUAAAAAAGAAACAAAAAGUCAAAAUAAAGAAAAAAAGGCAAGAAUUGUCUCUUCUUUUC